GUGGACAGUCUGCAAUUAAAAAUUCAGUUUAUUGGUAUUGUUUAUUAUGUAUGUUUUCAGUUACCUUAAAAUAGUUUACCUAAAUAUUGGUUUUCAUUUAUACCAGCUAUUUAAAUAUCUGAAAACAUUUCCUGACCAUAUGUAAAUGUUUAGCUUUCCAAGUCAGAUUCAGGAAAGAUUUCUGUUUGUCACAACCGUAUCUUCACCUCCAGCUUACCACCUGCCAGCGUGGUUGCAGGAAGUUCACUGUGUAAAAGUAAAGUGCUUUAUUUAGAUUUCCUUCCUUCUCUUUUUCCAUUCGUAUUUGUAUACUCAGCAGCUAAAGCACGGUGGUUAAAUUUUAGGAACCAGUCCAGUGAUGCUAGUAUACAAUCCACAAAAGUCAUAAUGGAGUUAGAGAUAACCCUAAUGCUUCUGUGUUCUCCUCCUUCCACACUGCAUUUAAAGUCUCCUUUCACGCCUGAUGUUUAUGUAGAGACCUGUGAGUCUCUCAGCUCCAGCCUGGCCUCACUGGCCCCCUCUGAUCACAGCGACAGUCCACAUUUUGAGACUCACACCUUAGACCGAAUCAAUGCUUUGACUGGGGUAAGCCACCAGUCAAGGUGUGGUUGCUGCUGUGUCGGUGUCUUUGUGUUUGUGUCACCUCACUUGAUCUCAAAACUCAAACCUCUAACUGUCCUAAACCUGAGUGUGAUAGUGUCUGAGUGCUGUGAACUGUUUUUGAACAUAACCCGUAAACAUGCAAGUGUGGAGUGUUUGCCGUGUUGAUCCAUUUUAAUCACCUCUUUAACGUUGCUGCUACAGUUGUAGCCAUGUGCUGUUGAAUUUGUUGUGUUGUUCCACUUUCUCUCAUUGUCCACUCGGUUCGUCCACAGAUUUCGAGAAAGCGGGCACUAUUCCUGAAGUUUCGUUCCAGGGUAUGGCAUGGUAAAACAGGCUUGUGAUGUGUUGCAGCCUUGUGUAUAUGUCUGCCUGCCUGCCCACUACUAUGUCCUCUUUGAAGAAUGUCUGCUCAGUGUUGAGUUUCUCCACUGGCAUAGAUAUUCAAAGAGUAAUGUUCAGAAAUCAGGGAAAUCAAUAUUCAUUUCUUGGUAGAGAGCUCAUGUUGUCCUUUGGAAAGCAUGUUUUUUUUUUUUUCUUUGGAGUAAUGGAAAUGUGCUGGCUUGAGCGAUGUAUUGAUGUAUCCUGAGGGUUCAUUAAAAAUGGAAGAGGCCUUUGUUCUCACCUGUGAUAACUGUCUGCUUCACUGAGGAGAAAGCAACAGCCUGGGGUGUUACAGUAUAAUUGGAGGGUGCACACUUGCACAUACACAUGCAGAUGUUCAGAUGCACUGUACAGUGUAUCUGUCAUUUGCCUAGCUGUUUUUGUGUGAGUGCACUAAAGUGUGUGUACAGUUUAAGUAUAUAUACUGUAAUCAAGGCCCUGCCCUGUGCUUAUGAAAGGACUCAACUGUGAUGCGGCUAACCAUAUACUGUACUACAUGCGUCUUCCUGUCAAUCCCCCUAAAUGCAGCCUAUUUAAACAGCGUGUAACCUGUUUUAAUGAUAAUAAGUGUUAUCAUAACCUUAAAUAACAACAGCCACUCUUCAGAAUGAAAACGAAUGCAGAAAGCUUUGCUAGUAAUCUGGCUCACUAAAACCUACGAUUUUGCUCAUUACAAGAUGACAUCAAGGAGUUUUAAAGGCUGUUUGCGCCACGUGUUUAAAUUGUCUCUGGACUCGCUAUCAUUCUCUGCGGUCUUACGAGACUAGAGAAAAACAGGUCUUGUUUCAUUACAAAUGCGAAGUUCCAUGUGCAUGUAACUUUUAAAGAGGGUUUUGUACUCCUGAAGAUUGUAAUUUUCUGCAAAAUGUAGAUCCAACUGGAGAGUUAGCUCCGGAGGAAUGUCCAAAACCUUUUCCAUGUUUAGAACAAAUUUGAGGAUUGCAAUAAUGUGUUAUAUGCAGUAAAGACACGUUGCAGUGAUACAGUAGUCAGCAUUUACUUUACUGUAAGAAAAAAGACACAUUACCUUACUUUAGUUGUUGCUGUAAAACAGUAAAGCAUAAACAUUAAAGAAAGAGUGGCACACAUUAGAUUUCGUGCCACAAAUAUCAAAGUGCAUUAAAGGAAAAGUCUAAAUCUUUUCGUCCAAACCAUAAAUGCUUUAAAGAUAUUAUUUUAAAGGACCCCCUCCCAGAAGCUUAAAGCCUACUUAUGUUCCACCAUGUUCUACAUUUAACCUCCUUAAUUAAGAUAAAAGGCAGCAUACACAUGUCGCAACGCCCAGUAGUUACGGGUUACUUAGUUGAUGUAUAGAAGUCUGUGGCUGCUACCAGCUUCACUGAGCAGAGGCACAGCAGAUGCACUGAUUCCAUACUGCUGAUCUGUAAUUACCGCAAAUUAGAGAGCUUCUGCAGCAACGUCCCAGUUAAAGAAAGCAUCCACCCAGCCAUGGUCAACAUGGCCCCAAUCUGGUCAGGAAGGUAAUGCAGACCAGUGGUUAAAACGUAUGCAUAAUUUGGGACAAGAAAACCGUAGAAACGUGGAAAACACAGACAUGAAUACACAUUGACUGCUCAUAGUUGGUAUAGAAGGAACCAGGGUAGUAGAUGAAGCUGUAGAGUGGGGAAAAAAACCGCCAUGUUACUUACAGUACAUCAGUGCCUUCAUAGUUAAUUUAUGCAACGUGUCUGAGACUACUGCAUUUUUCACUGUGCUUACGAGAAGGUCUUCAGAUUGUUCAGUCACUUGGGUUCUAAAAGUCAGGACAAACAAGGAAGAACGUUUCGCCAGUUAUCAGUUUUGGUUUUCUUAUCAGGUCUUUCUACAGAAGAUUUAUUAAUAUGAUUGUCUGCCUUUUGAGCUGAGAUUUCACUGGUUAUCUGAAAUGUGAGACAGCAUAUUUAAAGGACUGUGGGACAGCACAGGGAUGCCACCUCCCCUCUCUGAUGCUGUGCUCUCUGUUAGAUUAGCUAGCUGGCUGCGGCUAUGCUACCCCCGUGCUGAUGUCACUCUGUAGGACUCUCCUUUGCCACUUUCCUAGCUUCCCUCCUCCUUUUCCUCUUUCUCUCUCUUUUCUGUGUGACUGAGGUAGUGAGGGCUUGUCCUGGGAGGUUAGUGGACUGGUUGGGUCUAUCUGGACGGAGAUCAGUGGAGUGAGAGAGGCAGUGCUUUCAGAGCUGGACCCUACUCCCUGGAGAAAGGCAGUUUUACUCUAUUGGACAGCCGGCCUUUCCGCUGAUGCAUCUUUACCAUAAAGGGAGUGGGCCAUGGAGAUUGACAAACAACAGCAAAGCAAAGACUCUGUGUUCUUCCGUGACGGAGUUCGCAGGAUUGACUUCGUCCUGUCUUAUGAUGAUGAUAAAGAUGGGGAGAGAAAACAGGAGAGGAGGAAGGUUUAUGAGGCCAAUUUGGAGAAAGUUGGACUGGAGCUGGAGACAGAAGAUAAAUCAGAGUCAGAGGAUGGAAAGACAUAUUUUGUGAAAGUCCACGCUCCAUGGGAAGUGUUGGCUACCUACGCAGACGUGCUGAAGAUCAAGGUUCCAUUCAAGGUCAACGACAUCCCAGACAACAGCGAGAUGCCCAUGAACUGGCUGUCCACGCCGUUUCGUCUGCCUGAGCACGUCAUGCACCCCGAGCCAGACUUUUUCACAGCUCCCUUCAACAAGAGCAAAUCUGACUUCUUCCUUAUCGACAACAAGGACACGUUCUUUCCUCCCUCUACGCGCAACAGGAUAGUCUACUAUAUCCUGUCCCGCUGUUCCUACUUCAGGGAUGAAUGUGCAGAAAAAGACAAAAAGGGAAUCAAGAGGUUGCUCAACAAUGGCACCUACACUGCUGCCUUCCCCCUGCACGAUUCAAGAUACUGGAUAAGAUCGAGGGAUGAUAAGUGCGAGAGCGAGAGAUACAACCUCUACAAACACUGGGCCAGAUUCCUGUGCUUCUUCAAGGAGCAGCCCCUCAACCUUGUAAGGAAGUAUUAUGGGGAGAAGAUUGGUAUUUAUUUUGCGUGGCUGGGUUUCUACACUGAGAUGCUGCUGUUUGCUGCAGUUGUAGGAACAAUUUGUUUCAUUUAUGGAUUCCUUACCUAUGGUGACAACCAGUGGAGUGAAGAAAUAUGCAGUGACAAAAUUGGAGGAAAUAUUGUCAUGUGCCCACUGUGUGACAAAAAGUGUAGCUACUGGAAGCUCAACACAACAUGCAACUCCUCAUGGCAAUCACACCUAUUUGACAACGUGGGAACAGUGUUUUUUGCCAUAUUCAUGGGGAUUUGGGUGACGCUGUUUCUGGAGUUCUGGAAGAGGCGGCAGGCCCGUCUUGAGUACGAGUGGGAUCUUGUCGACUUUGAGGAGGAGCAACAGCAGCUGCAGCUUCGGCCAGAGUACGAGACCAAGUGCACCAACCGCAAGAUGAACCGCAUCACUCAGGAAACUGAGUUGGUUCUUGACAGGACUGCUACAGAUCUAGUGGGGAAAUUGUUUCUGUGCUGGGUCACCGUGCUCUUAUGGAUCUCAUUGAUCAUUGCCUGCAUCAUUGGGGUCAUAGCGUACCGCUUGGCGGUGUAUGCGGCCUUUGCUAGCAUCAUGAAGGACAGUCCCACCGCCCACCUGGAGGUAGUUGGCCCCUACAUCACACCACAGCUGGCCACUUCUGUCACCGCCUCUUGCAUCAACUUUGUCAUCAUCAUGAUCCUCAACCUCAUGUAUGAGAGAGUGGCUGUUUGGAUCACUGAUAUGGAAAUUCCAAAGACCCACCUGGAAUAUGAGAACAAGCUGACGGUGAAGAUGUUCCUCUUCCAGUUUGUCAACUACUACUCCUCCUGCUUCUAUGUGGCUUUCUUUAAGGGAAAGUUUGUUGGUUAUCCUGGAAAGUAUGCCUAUAUGUUUGGCUGGAGCCAACUAAGGAAUGAAGAGUGUGACCCUGGCGGUUGUCUCAUUGAGCUGACCACCCAGUUGGUGAUCGUGAUGACUGGUAAACAGGUGUGGGGCAACAUCCAGGAAGCUCUGGUCCCGUGGCUGAUGAACUGGUGGGGCAGCAGGAAGGCACGAAACCACCCAGAGAGUCUGUACAGCCGCUGGGAGCAGGAUCACGACCUGCAGGGCUUUGGACAGCUGGGCCUCUUCUAUGAGUACCUGGAAAUGGUGAUCCAGUUUGGUUUCAUCACACUGUUCGUCGCCUCCUUCCCCUUGGCACCCCUGCUGGCACUCAUCAACAACAUCAUUGAGGUUAGAGUGGACGCUUGGAAACUCACCACUCAGUUCAGACGCCCUGUGGCAGCCAAAGCUCACAGCAUCGGAGCCUGGGCGGAAAUCCUCAACGGCAUGGCUGUACUCUCUGUUGUGACAAAUGCGUUCAUCGUGGCCUUCACCUCUGAUAUGAUCCCUCGGCUAGUGUACAUGUACGCCUACGCGCCAAAGGGUGAGAUGACCAUGAAAGGCUACAUAAACAACAGCCUGUCGGUGUUCAACAUCUCUGAGUUCCCAGAGUUCAGCAGGCCCGAUGAUGACGAGAAUCCGGCCUGGUUCAACAGCUCCAUCACUACCUGCAGGUAUCGUGAUUACCGCUAUCCUCCUGGGCACGAGAAGCAGUACUCCCACACUAUGCAGUUCUGGCAUAUUUUGGCUGCCAAGCUGGCUUUCAUCAUUAUCAUGGAGCAUGUUGUGUUCAUAGUUAAAUUCCUCGUGGCCUGGUUGAUUCCUGAUGUGCCGGCCGACGUGAGGGCUCGGGUGAAGAGAGAGCGCUACCUGGUCCAGGAGUAUCUCCACAACUACGAAGUGGAGAAGCUGAAGAUCCAACUCAGCCAGAACAGCAGCGAGUGUAACUGCACGCCCAUGAUAUAUCCGUCUUUAUCCAAACAUGAGGUGCUGUCAGAGUGCCUUUAGCCCGACCAGUGGGACGCUCUGAUGUAGAUUCCCCUGCUUGUGUAUUCUGAUACAGACCACCACUUUGCAGCGCUGCCUGUGUUGCUCACAGACGGCGUUUACUAAAGAGCUAGAGGUUUACUCAACUCCAAGCUAUCCCUCUACUACAAACCUGCUGAUAGUGGACUUCUAGUGCACAACUUGCAAAGACCAAGUCUCCAUGCAUGCUGAAACAUUGAGGCACUUGAAUUUAAACAUCUUUCACCUAUUUAUAGCUUUUCUCUCGCUGUGUUGUAAUUAAAGUGUUGAGGAUAUUUAACAUUUGCUGUAAGGAAAGAGGAAAUGAUACACUGAGUCUAAACCGGACAGCUUGUUUUAAAGGAAGACUAUUUAUUUUAAGUGCCACUAUGAGUAACCAAAGACUUGAUGCCUUAAUAUGAUAGAUCACAAACUCAGCAUCGGUUCUACAUCAGUCAUAUCAAAGUUACUGCAGAGUUUGCUUGUUCUUGAAGGUUUGAAUAUUCCCAUUGUUCAAACUUUAUGUUCAGAUCAAUGAAGCUUUCCAGUGUCUAUUUUUUUGUUUGUUUUCUACAGUUAUUACAACAAAUGUGAGCAUUGUUUCUUUCUCAGCAUUGAGGUCACAGCACAGAUGUAACACAAUUUUCCCAAAUUAUGUCCCUCACUUCCCUGGACAAAUUUUGUCAUAAUCUCAUAGCAGCCCAACAGUUUCUGCAGGCCAAAACCUGACAUGUGAAGUAGCUGCUUCUUCUUUUUUUUUUCUAAAGAGAAAUCUGUGCUGCUGUUACUACUGUGAGUAGGGACAGAUUUUGUCCUGCGAUGGCCAGUUGUUCAGCCGCAGAAGCAGCAGCUGGUGCGCGUUGACUGUUGACAGUGUGUCCUGUUCAUGGAGAUGAGAGGCGAAAGCCCUAAGAGAGUGAAGAGAUCCCUUUUUAAUGUGCCUCUGUUUACCGACAUGUCGCCGCUAAUGAAAGCCCCCCCUCCUCCCACUGAACCCUGUUUGCUCCAUUACACAAAGCACAUCAGCCAUCGCCUAGCUCUUGUGCUGCUGGUUUCCUCUGCUGUUUCUGUGUAGAGAAGGAAAGAUGCACAUUCUUUUUAUUAUUUUGCACAAAGCACUUAAUGAAUUGUGACUACCAAGACAUACACAUGUCAAACUAAUUGUUGUCAUGACACUAUGUACUCGUAAUCAGUGUUUUGAAGCAGCAAGGUGUGAUAACUGUUGACAAUUUCAAUGGAAGAAGAGCUGUACUGUUAGUAAAAAAAGAGUUCCCUGUUCUGAUGUUGAUGUUUGUAUUAAGUUUAAAUGUCAGCCAGAAGAUGAGAUGUGGCUUUUGUUAGAAAUGAUAUGAAGGAUGUUUCACAUUUAUAAUAUGGUCAUGUGUGAGGUAUAUCUGUUAUUGAACUAUUUAAAUUGAAUAUAAAGUAGCCAACUGGUUGUGCUGCAGACUCAGACGACUAAAUCUGUUGAUUUAAGGUGUAUUUAGAUCUGGCAGUCUAACUACAGUACACUUGCCUUACUUGUUACCUUUGCUCAGCUGAAGUAAUGCCUGUUGAUGCCUUAACACAUCCAGUGCUUUGUUUUCUCUUGUAUUUACUUGUACUUCUCUCCCACCCUUUUUUGUGUAUGUUCUCUUUUGUUAUACUUCAGUAAUAUUUUAUUUUGAAAAAGGUGAACCUGUUUACUGUAUACUUAAAGUUAAAAUUUCAAGUUUUUACUAUUUUUUUUUUGUAAUUGUCCCAUAUCCAAAUGUGUAAUGUAACAAAAAAAACCUCUCUAAAAUAAAGUACCAGUUCAACUUGA